ACAUAGACACAUGUACGUACAUACACACAAACACACAUGUACACAGACACAUGUACACACACAUACUGUACAUGUACAUACACACAGACACAUGUACAUGCAUACACAGACACACACAACCACACACACCUAUAAAAAGUUGCAGUACUUUGUUCACUCACAGAGCCGGGUACUGCACUCUAGGGGGAGGCAGAGAGCACAGUACACACUCCUUCCUUUGCUUUCACUGCGCUCAGCUAUUGAGCAGUCUGACAGAUCCCAGUGCCAAUCACAGAUCCGGCCUGAGCUCCGAGCCUGCUCAGCAAGACGGCCCUGGGGGACACACUCGCCCCCACCAUAAUUUCCACUCGCCAUUGGCGAGCGGGCGAGUGGAAAUUUCAAGCCCUGAUUUA